AUGUGUACUCGUGAAUUACUUACAGUCGAUGUGGAAAUGAAAGUUGGAUUUUUUACUAUUGAUUUCACGAAAUUGCUAGCCGCGAGUUGGAACAAAAACCGGUACAUCAAAAGUAGUUCAAUGAGGAACAAAUACUCAACACGUAAACUAUAUCGAUGCGUAAUUCUAAAGGAUCACCUUCAAAAAGCAAGCCGAUAUUCUAAAAUCUGUGACUUCAUGGAUGAUCUCAAAAAAAAAAGCUCAGUGCGAAGGCAGGUGACGAAUGAAGACGAUGAACAAUAUGGCGGUAACAGUCUACACGAACUACCCAGGACAAUACCAAAUGUGAAUCCCUAUACCAGAAGCCGAGGGUUUCGGCCAUCUUACUCCUCCCAAGGACCUGCAACGAGAAGCUUGUUCAACAACUUUUACAACCGUUCAAGUGCCAAUACGGUAGGAAAUGACACGAUAGACACUGAUAGUGUUAGUUAUAAUGGUGUUUCCAAAUUUAGAAGAAAUAGCGUAGAUAUACCCCUGCAAACUCACAAUAGACUGGAAGUACGACCUACAGUUGACAGACAAGAUUAUCUAUGGAGGGGAAUAAACGCCCUUGAUGACGUUAAAAGACAGGCACAAGCAACAGAGUUGUACGACCAGUUUCCACAAGGUUUUGAGAACAAACUGAUGCGGUUGAGGCAAGCGCAUAGCAAACUACUUCAAGUAUUAAGAGACCGUAAUGCUAAACUAGAGGAAGAGCAACGUCGUGAAGUGGCAGUCGCAACGGCCGCUGCCAUGAUGACAAGAACACCAUCACCCACGGGCAAAUCUGUGGGCGACGAAGCCACUAGCAACAACAUACACAGUAGCAGCGCGACUAGAAAUCCAAAUGGGCCAAAUGUUGAUCCUGAAGAGGGAAAGUAUGUUCAAGAAUUAGUGGACACUAUAAGAGUAUUACAGUAA